AGAUAAACAGAGCGGCGCGGCCGUGUGAAAAUGUUUUCCCCCAGUUUUCAUGGGAAGUAGCAAGUCUUCUCGAGUCAAAAGGCUCGAGUCCAAGUCAAGUCACGAGUCAUCGGUGUUCAAGUCCAAGUCGAGUUGCAAGUCUUUGUACGUUUUGUCGAGUCGAGUCUCAAGUCAUCAAAUUCAUGACUCGAGUCUGACUCGAGUCCAAGUCACAUGACUCGAGUCCACACCUCUGGUUACACCCAUACAGAUUGUUGAAGUUGGAGUUCACGCUUUUCUCAGCAGUGAGCGAUAGCAGCUCACAGCCCUGUGAAGCUUGAGAUGGGUCAGCAUGUGUGUGGCAAAUGUAAUUAAAUUAAUGAAAACAGGAGUACAUUUAAGUCAAACAUCAUUUGCUGCUGCUUAAAAAGAAAAGUUGGAAUAUUAUAAAAGUGUGUGGUAACACAAAUCUUCCAUCACAGUUUGGCAUAUUGAUUGUGUUUUCAGGAAGCAGCAACAACAAAGCAUUCAAUGACUCAAUUUACCAACAAGCAGUACAAUCACAAAAAAGCUCUUUUUGAUGGACAUCACAGAGUGUGUCACAGUUGUAACAUACAAUUAUACACAAACAUUUACAAUAAUAAUUUUAUUAGUCGAGAGUCAGGCUUUUUUUCUCUCUAUCAUGACACAACAGUAAGUCUCUUGCUUGCUGCUUACAGUUUUCUAUCCCCAAGUGUCCAGUGUGUAUGUGGGACAGCAUUUCAGCUCCGAGUGAGUGUGGCACAAUGAUCUUGUCACCUUUGAGCAGGAUUUCGUCCCGAUGGUUCCAGUACUCAGAGACGGCAAGCGGCCACCUUCAGUUUGACUCAGGCCAUCCUGCUUGGAUAACUUGUCUUUACAUUGACAGUUGCUCAUCUUGUGCUGUGGCGGCUUUGAUUUCUGCCAUUUUCCAAUCACUCACUGGUGCACUGCGGAUAACCGUGUGGAUUUGUAAAUCCAUGCCUUCACUAUUGGCUUUCUGGUCUUUGCUGGACUGCAACGUCUCGAUUUGAUAAGGCUUUUAUUACAAAAUAUACUCCAUGCUAAAACAAUGACAUCGCUACAGUGAGGUCUUUUACCAGCACAAGGUGACUGUAUUAAGGAGGCCUACAGUAGUGGGGGAGUGAAAGGGAAAGGGGCCACCACCAGAAAAGAAAAGUCACACACUGCAAAGCAAAAGACACAAAUCAGAACACAGCAAAUAUAAAACAUGCCAAAUAGACUGAGAAUGAGAAAGCCCUCCACCUAGUGAGCCACCACCCAAGCCCAUCUGUACUGGCAUUGAGAAGACCCCAGACUAGGACUCACUCCAGUUGGUUUACGAAAGAACAAAACCCAGAAACAACUAGACACAAAUUAACAACAAAGUCAUAAUCAAAAUACUAAAUAAAACAAGGUAAGCAUAAGUACAUCAUAUAUUUGCAAAGGGGUAAAAACAGCAGUGGCUAGAGCUCAGCUUCAGCACCCGAAGCCAACAUCACUUCCCCAUUCCUGUAACAAGAGACAACACAUGUCAUACACAAUAUGUAAAAGAACUCCACUGAACAUUGAAGCACCGCUAAAGAAGCAUAUUUAAACAUACAACAUAAGAAAAACAACCACCACUCCAAAAACAGACAUACCUGGGAAUUGCACAUUAUACAUCCACACAUGGUGAGAGCUCUGUAACAAGUCCUCUAUAGCUCUCACUCCUGCACCUUGACUAGAUGUAGUCGUUCCUGAGACAAGUGUGGAGAUGGGGAAAGCCUGGGGUAAAACCUACAUUUAAGGAGAACCAGGAAGGGAUCUGGCCUCACCUGGUGGGAAUCACUAAUUAGGGUGGUGUGGCCAAACAGGUAGAGGAGGGAGGGUGAGCUCUACCCAUCACACAUGGGCUUCUUGCAUUUGUUACACUGACGUCCUUUUGCCGGACAUUCCCCCGUGCAAUCGUGUUCUCUCAAUGCUGUACAACACAAUAAAAGCUGUGAUUCUUAGGAGUGCUCUCAACUAUUAUAACAUAUUGUCUAUAUAAAAUCCCAAUUGUGAUACCACAUAAAGGUGCCUCACAUAUGGUACUAUUUAUCUGAUCACCCCUUUAUAUCUGUAGCGAUGGUUUGAGUUAAUGGACUGUACCUUUCUUCCAACCAUUCAAAGCGCUUUAACACUUCAUGUCAUCAUUUACUCAUUCAUACCCAUUCACACACCGAUGACCGGAGCUACCAUUCCCAGUGCCACUUGCCCAUGAGCAAGAAGCAUUCACACCAUUUACACACUGUAGUCACAGCUACAGGGCCUUUGAACAUAACCCACACAUCUCCACAUUUAGCUUAGUAUAGUAAAACGAUAUUAACAAUAUUUAAUAAUACAACAAAUAGUAAAAAAAAGUUUCCAAUUUAGUUAUCUUGUAUUGCUGUUACAAUUUCUAUGGGAUUAAUUAUUUGGCAAAAACAGUAGGAAUAUAACUUUUUUUCCACACAGCUGCUCCUCUAAAGUGCAAAGAGAAAAUGAAAAUGACAAUAGGGGAUAAAGAGUGCUCCAGGAAGUCAUAGUGAAACUAAUUUGUGUUACAUUUGGCAGUCACAAGAGCUAAAUAUGAAAAAAUAUUAUAACUAAAUAUAAAUAAAUCACAAAGAGCUGUCCUAAGAGGAAGUACAUGUGAAAUACUUGAGAGACAAGCAAUUUACCAGAACAGUUCCACUUCUUGUCAGACAGGAAAUACAUCUCAGAAGAGGGUGAAGAUAUCAUCUUUCAACAUACCACAAAGCGAGUAAUGUGUUUUGUAAAUACAAAAAUUAUUUUUUAUUUCUAUUGUGAGCUUUUUGCAUUUUUCUCCUUGAGGAGUGUUUUGUUGUCACAUUGAUAACUUUUUUUCUCAUCAUCUGAAGCCCAUUAAACCUGAAUCUCCUGCAAUCAUGUUCAGCUUCAAACUCGGCACCACACUGUUGCUGGCAGCAACAUGUUCCAUCAUAAGAGCAGUGGUUUCCACAGAGAGAGCCACCACCUGUCACAAUGGCUUCAACGUCCAGCGCCUGAGCUGUGAUACCGGAGUGAUCCAAGUGCAUUCAGCACUGUAUGGACGUAAGGACAACGAGACCUGCAGCGAGGGAAUACCUCCGAACCAACUUGAUGAUACAACUUGUUCUCAGGCGGGCACAACGGAUGUGCUCAAGACGAGGUGUGAUGGCAAGAGGGAGUGUGAACUGAACCUAAAUGACGUUAGUACCUCUGAUCCCUGCCGUGGAAUCUCCAAAUACCUGGAAACCAUCUACUCCUGCUUGCCAGCAAUCAACAUUGAAACAUGUGAGGGCUCUUUGGCACAUCUCAGAUGCGAUCCAGGACUGGAACUAUUUGUGUACGGUGCCGACUACGGACGCCGCGACAGGACCACCUGCACUUACCGGCGACCUGCUUCUCAGGUUGAAAAUGUGCUCUGCUCAGCACCCAGCAGCAAAGUUGCUGAACGCUGCAAUGGGAAAAACAACUGUACCAUCAGUGCCACCAACUCAGUGUUUGGUGACCCCUGUGGUGGCACUUACAAGUACUUGGAGGUGGCUUACGUAUGUCAAUAUGCUUAGGUCCCUCCAGCGGAGCUUUCAGAACAUUAACUUGUGUCUAUACCAAUAAAGAUGCAUUUAAUCAAAUAUAUUUGUCAGAUGGUCAAUUUGUUCAUUACCUAUGAAUGAAAAAAACAACUUCACGAUUUGGUUCC